GGAAUCCCCUACCUGUUCCUUGGUGUAAACACGACCACGUUGGUGAAAUAAUGUCAUCGGAGCCACGGGUCUAUAUAAAGGUUAGGCCUUGGCACUACAAUCAUACACUGGUAGAUCAUUCUAACUGGAAUACGGAAUCACAAUGGGUCUGUGGCUAACAAAGCUGUACGAUGCGUUGGCAUCAUUUGGAGAGGAAGAUCCGUCUAAAAUCAUAAUGCUUGGUCUGGACAACGCAGGUAAGACGACCAUUCUGUACAAACUGAAGCUGAACGAGGUGGUGUCGUCAAUCCCGACCCUUGGGUUUAACGUGGAGACCGUGACCCCAUGUAAAGGCGUGACCUUCACAGUAUGGGACGUCGGCGGUCAGGACCGGAUCAGACAACUCUGGAAACACUACUAUUCCGGAGCUGAAGGUCUAGUGUACGUGGUAGACAGUUCUGACGUACAGAGGAUGUCUGAGGCCAAGGACGAGUUGUUUGGGAUCCUGAACAGUCCGGAUAUGUCCGCUAGCUGUCCGGUGGUGGUCAUCGCCAACAAACGCGAUAUGCCUAAUGCCAUGAAACCAUCAGAAAUCAUCGACUCCAUGGAUUUGCGUUCAAUGCGGAACCGGAAGUGGCAUGUGCAAUCUGCAUGCGCACCGACAGGAGAGGGGAUCUACGAGGCUGUGACGGAACUUGGCAGGCUAGUCAGAGAAUACAAGAGGCAGCAAAGAUAAUGUGACAUUGAAACAUGUGCUCUAUGUUAUCCCAUCAACGGGACGUGCGGUAAUCGGACAUAUUCCCACAAGUCUGUGCGGCGGAAACAUACAUACUCCCACAAGUCCGUGCGGCGGAAAGAUGCAUACUCCCUAAGUAUGUGCGGCGGAGACGGACACGUUUCCACAAAUCUGUGCGAUGGAACCGGACAUAUUCCCACAAGUCUGUGCGGCGAAAACGGACAUGUGUCCACAAAUCUGUGCCAUGGAAACGGACAUAUUCCCACAAGUCUGGGCGGCGGAAACAGACAUGUUUCCUCAAGGCUGUGCUAUGGAACUGGACAUAUCCCCACAAGUCUGGGCGAUAGGAACACGCAUUACUCCCUUUUCCGUUUCUCACAUUCACGAAGCACCUGGUCCGGACUGUGUAGCAAUCUGUUUCAUACCAUAAUGAAGUAAAAGUAUGACGUUACCAUUCUUGUCUGUGGCUUUUGGCUAUAGGUGUGUGAGGAAAAAUCAAGUAUAAUGGUAUUAUUAAGUGUCAUUUCUACCGGUGUAGUUUUCAAGUAAAGAUUUUUUUAAAUGACUUGGAUCCGCUACUUACAAUAUUUUUUCAUGGUUUCUGUUUUCUUAAAAAUAC